AUGAGCAGUGCUGUAGUGCCUGCUAUAGAUAUUAGCACUACAUAUAUCAAUAAUGGUUUCGAGCAGCCUGGAUCUAAUGGAUCGUCGAAGAAAUAUCCAUUAAAAUCAUUGCUGGUGUAUGCAAGCCGUCGAGACAAGUACUUUACGUUCAGUGGAUUGGUUAUAAGUUUCUUAACAGGCGCAUUACUACCGAUAUGUGUUCUAUUCUCAGGGAAAUUCUUGGACGCCGCGAAGGAUCGCGAUACGUCUACAGUAGAUUUUUGGUGCGGUUUGCAGCUGCUGAGUGGCGUUUGUUGUUUUAUAGCUGGAUGGGUAUCAACGUAUUUGUUGGAGCAUUCAGCUGAAUCUCAAUAUGCACGUAUGAAAGCGAAUUAUUUCCACGCAUUACUUAAUCAGGACUUGGACUACUUGAUGACAUUUGAUACGGGGGAGUUAAGUUCCAUGCUAAUGACUCAUGGGGAUGAGUUCAAAGACGCUGUGGGGGCGAAGUUAGGUCAGUUGGUAGUGUUUGGUUCCCAAUUUAUAGUUGGAUUUAUAGUAGCUUUGACCCAGCAUUGGAAGCUGACAUUGGUAUUGAGCGGCUUGAUACCUGUACUGGUAGUCGGUGGAGCGUUUACCUUAUGGUCUAUGGGCAUGACAUCUAGAAAGCAGAGAGAGGCUUAUUCGGAUGCGGCAAAUAUAUUGGAGGAGUCUAUAUCGAAUAUGAAGACGAUAAUUUCCUUUAAUCUAGAGGACAUAUUCCUCGGUAACUAUUCGGAGUGUAUCCACAGGACCUUUCAGGUCGCCUCCAAAGGAGGAGUCUUACUGGGUCUCGGUAUGGGGUUGUCGAUGGGGUCUUUGUUUGCGUUUUAUGCCCUCGGAUUCUGGGCGCAAGGUAAACUGUUGGCGCAAGGCUACCGCGAUGGGUGUUUACCGGACACGGCUGGGUGCUUGAGUGUAGGCAAAGGCAUCACCGUCUUCUUCUGCAUCGCAUUCGGGUCGUUUUCUCUGGGUCAAGCGGCGCCUCCAUUGAAUGCGAUUGUAAAAGGAAAAUCUAGUCUGCAGCUACUGAGGAAAUUUAUCGAACGACCCAGCGGAAUCCCCGUGUUUACCGGCGGCUCCCCGGUCAGCGCCCGCGGAACUCGGUCUCCGGUGAAGAAAAAGAUCCAGGUCAACAUUGAGUUCCGGAAUGUGGGCUACGCAUACACCAAGAACGACAGCGCGGCAGAACUUGACACACAGCCGACAGACGGACAGGCGGGCGAGCAGACGAUCCGUCUCUCCCGUAUGAUGUCGUCAAACAAGGACACCCGAUUGUCCUUCCGACGGCAAGGCAUUAGUUGGAUUUUCCGCAACGUUUCACUGACCAUCAAGCCUGGCGAAAUCGUGGCAUUCAUUGGUCCUUCCGGCUGCGGCAAGAGUACCAUUGCCAAGUUGUUGUUGCGCUUUUCAGAUGUCGUGGAAGGCAACAUCACACUUGAUGGUGUCGACAUCCGGCAGCAUGACCUCAACUUCCUCCGCGAUCAGGUCGCUUAUGUGGGACAGGAGCCACAGCUUUUCGAUGACACCGUGUUCAAUAACAUCCUUCAUGGCAACCGGUUCGCCAGCGAAGGCGACGUGGUGGAGGCUGCUAAGGCCGCCAACGCCGAUCACUUCAUUCGGGCAUUGCCCAACGGUUACCACACACGUGUGGGUGAGAACGCGUCCAAACUCAGCGGUGGUCAGAGACAAAGGGUAGCCAUCGCUAGAGCCCUGCUGCGAAAGCCUAAACUACUUAUUCUCGACGAGGCCACUAGUGCCCUAGACAACACCAGCGAAUCACACGUUUUAAGGAACGUCCUCGAGCUCGUCCGUAAUAACCAAACCUCAGUCGUUACCAUCGCGCAUCGAUUGACAACCAUUCGAGACUGUGACUGCAUAUACGUCUUUAACACCUUCGGUAAUCUGGGCAUCCCCAACGCACCCUGCAAAAGCUUCGUCCAGGAAAGUGGGACUCACGACCAACUUGUCGAUCAGAAUGGACUCUACUGUACGAUGCUCAAAACUCAGAAUAUUGUACCAGAAAAACGGGGUAUCAAAAAAGCGGCUAAGUCCCUCCCAGAUGACAACCGUUCUAACGGACAGCGAACCUACCGCCCUAAUGGUGGAUCCAACCGACUACCCAAUAGCAAUCAAGGUCUCUCUAGUCAAGCGUUUACCAGCCAGGCUCUCUCCAGUCAGGCGCCGGCCAGCCAGGCACUUUCCAGCCGCGCCCCUGGCAGCAAAGUUACGACAUUCCAGGAGGCCACACUGCAUGAAGACCCUGGUCCUGGUAGCAGCGAUGCAACCCCCGUGCAUCCGCGCAUUCCCGUCCUAGACUUCACCCGGCUCGGCGGCAACACCGAGCGACAGGCGCAUCCGUACACGCCUGCCUUAUCGUCGCCAUCGGGCGGGCCCCUAAAGCGUGUACCCGGGAUAGAAGGACCUGCGGCAACUGACACAGUCACUGACACAGUCACUGACACAGUUACUGACACAGCGGCGCAGCUCCUUCCCACGGCAGCUCCUUUUUCCAGCGAGAUGAGUCCGAUGGUUUCGGAGGCGCAGCAGCAAGGUAAGACCAUCCAGCCUCCGCGUCGACUGACGGUGAAGCCUUUGAUCACGACCCGUGAAGACUUCGGACCGAUGACUCCUGAGCACCGGCUGCAAAGUGCACGGCGAACCGGCAUGACACCCACUGGCAGACUCAUGUCCAAACUGGUCACCUUCACCUCCAGUGCGCGUUCGGAGCACCAGUUCCUCAAGGAGAACAACAAACAGAAGAGAAGGCAACGUAGACGCGUCGACGUCAGACCCCGCUCAGAGGGCCCCUACAGGUCCCCUGGUGGUCGGGAAGGUCGGUACAGGCGAGAGGGUCGGUACAGGCAAGAUGAUGGACAGGAGGGUGGGUAUAGGCGAGAAGGUCGGUACAGGCAAGAUGAUGGACUAGAAGGUGGGGACCAACCGGAGAGGAAGCAAAGGGCUGCUAGUGGGUCGAGAUACUCACGUGCGAGUAGCCACAGCUCUCGAGUGAGCUUCGCCGACGACUUGGACGAUGAAGAGAAUCUUCACACUGCCAUCUGCUUCAGUCCUGACGCUAAGCACGGCGCGCCGCUGCCGUCGGAUCCCUAUUUCGACCAAGAGGAGGAGUCGACCUUUUUUGUUCGGCAGAAUCGUUCGCAAAGUGUGCAGGUCAAACGCUCGGUGAUUGCCCCGCACCUGCUUGCAUUGCCAUUGACCAAGCUGGUAUCACCCCAGGAGCACGUCUUACAAGAGUAUAUGUUGCGAGAGAAUACGCGGCAAGGAGAAGCCAUUCAGAAAGAAGCUCUUCCGGACGGCUCGCUUCAAGAAGACGAUAGCCUCUCGUUACUUCUGGACGAUAAAGACCUUGAAGACUCCUCAAACGACUUGAAAAUCACUAACGUGGAAACUAGCCUGGUCAAAACCUCUCGGGACCAAAGGCCCUCUCAAGGAUCUGGUGGCCGUAUUGCAGACGCCGGUCCACUAACUACCUACGCAGACAUUUCCUCCACGCGAGAUGCAAGAAGACCCUUCAGUGAACGGCACCGGCCCGGAAACUUUACGCCUGUGCCCGGCUGCAAUCAAAACACAGCGGUACAUGAGGGAACCGUUCACACGGGCAUCGAUGGGAACAAGUAUUGGGAAAGGAAGUCAAUGACUGGGAGCCGGCGAGACGACCCGCACCUACGGGACGACCCGCACCUACGGGACGACCCGCACCUACGGGACGACCCGCACCUACGGGAGGAACACGCCCAGAGGCGGGAGCACGCCCAGAGGCGGGAGCACGCCCAGAGGCGGGAACACGCCCAGAGGCGGGAACACGCCCAGAGGCGGGAACAGUCGCACAGAGAGGUGGUCGGAGAGUCGAGUUGGAAUAUGGUUUUCGGUAGUGAGUACGGUUGUCACCGUGAGACAAUGUCCGUGGAGUGUGUUUUGGAGAGACAUGGCACUAGUGGUGUGGUUGGAAUAGCGGCGGAGGUAGGAUCUCAUGGUCAGUCGUAUCGGGCAUCUGAGUAUGGCGAACACAACGGUGGUGCUGGUGAUAUUUAUGGUGGUGGUGAUAUUUAUGGUGGUGGUGAUGCUUACGGUGGUGGUGAUGCUUACGGUGGUGGUGAUGCUUACGGUGGUAAUAAUGGGGACGACAAGACACUGAAUGUGUUCCCGGACUACAAGGGUCAAUCGCGGCCACGCCUUUUCAAGUUCUGGUUAUAUUAUGGACGAGGAGGCAUAUUACCAUUGAUAAUAGGUUAUAUUGCGGCGGCUAUUAAUGGUUUUAUUUUCCCAUUAUUUUCGUGGUGUUUUGCACGUUUCAUUAAGGUGUUAUCGUACCCUUCGGCAGAGGCAAUUGAGAACGGUAUUUGGUCACCGACGAAAGAUUUAUUGUUGGUGAGUGGUAUAUGCUUUGUGGCUAAUUUAUUACAACACAGCUGUGUGGAGCAUACGGGUAAUCGUCUAGUGCGUUGCAUUCGGUUCCGUCUAUUUGACCACAUAGUACAUUUGCCAGCCAGUUUCUUCCAACAGCAGACGCUGGCACCAGGUUAUUUGAUGAAUCUCAUUUCAAACGACCCGCUCGUGGUCAAGGCAUGGGCUAACGACUUUGUGUACGUGAUUGUCCAAAACGUCGCCUGUCUCGUGCUCGCCACAGUCAUCGCCAGCGCGGCCAAUCGCAAGUUAGCACUCAUCAGUUUAGCCGGCUUCUGUGUCAGUCUACCAGCAACAAUUCUCCAACAAAAGUUCAUGGGAGGCGACCAGACCCGAGAUCAAAGCAGAGACGAGGAGGGAGAUGAGAAAGAAGACCAGAAACAGGGUGGCUGCUGCUGCUGCGGGAAUCGAUCGCGACCGAGCAAGACGACGCAGGCGAUGCUGACCGAGUGUCUACGGAACCAGAAGACAGUUAACGCAUUCAAUUUGCACUUGGGUCUCGCACAAGAGUUCGAUCGAUUGUUGGUCGCGGAACGAAAGGAGGGCUAUCACAUGGCCAUUAUAACAGGCUUCUUCUUCGGCUUGGCACAGCUGUGUCAAUUUGCCGCACAAUCUCUUAAUCUGUGGUGCGGAGGACGGGCAUAUUGUUCAGGUGAGAUAGAUAACCCUGGUGAUAUGAUGCAGGCUACAUUCACGAUGAUAAUUGCGGCAAUGGGCAUUGGACAGGCAGCCUCGGCGGCGACGGAUGCGGCCAAGGGUAAAGUGAGUGCAGCUAGGAUCCAGUCGAUGAUCGACGUGCCAAUUUUGGUGGACAAACGCCAGGACACCGUGUUGCUACGCGAACAGACACGCGAAGAGGCCUGGAAUCGUUCACGUUCAAUAACGCAGGGUCCUAUUAGUGAAUGUGACAUUGACAUCGAACACUUGCGAUUUAGCUUCCCUCCCGCCGUUCCAGGUGCACCGGCGACUCCGGUUUACUGCGAUCUGACCUUCCAGAUCCCCGCAGGCAAGUCUAUUGCUCUCGUUGGCGAGAGCGGCUGCGGCAAAACAACACUUAUACAACUCAUCGAACGCUUCUACGAACACCCGGGCGAAAACCGGCUCCGGAUCAAUAACGUCUGUCUUAAGAAAUGGCCACUGACACAACUACAUAACCUGGUCGCGCUCGUACCGCAAGAACCAAUCCUAUUCCGCACUUCAAUUGCUCAAAAUAUUCUCUAUGGCAACCCCGAGGCGAGCAUGACCGAAGUAAUCGAAGCUGCCAAACAAGCAAACGCUCACGACUUCAUAAUGGAACUACCCGACAAAUACGAAUCUGAUGUUGGACUUCGAGGAGAAAAACUAAGCGGUGGCCAAAGACAACGGAUUGCCAUCGCACGAGCACUACUUAAAAAUGCACCCAUCCUACUCCUAGACGAAGCAACCAGCGCACUAGAUCCCGCCUCAGAACUCGCCGUCCAGGCAACACUUGAUCAGAUCAUGAAACGUCGCGAUCGAACAAUUGUCUCAAUCGCACACAGACUCAGCAGCAUUCAAGGCUGUGACAUUAUCGCGGUCCUCAAGAAAGUUGCCCAAGGUGAUGAGUCGCGUGGCAGUGUUGUUGCCGAAAUAGGUAACCAUAGCCAACUCAUGCAAAAGGAACACGGCCUCUACCGCCAGCUCGUCCAGGCCGGCCAAGGCGGGACUUGA